ACCACCCCCGUUUCGCCUUGUCUCCCUCCCCGUGAUCGCUACCGCGACGGCGCGAUGACGAUCCCGACGAGCGGAGACAGGGAGCGCCCCACCCCCCCGCAGUCACCCGUUAUCCAGGGUCGUGACGUCUCCGGCGCGACCCCGAGGAGCUUGAUCGGCGCAGACGCCACGGUUCGCUCGGCGUCGUUGCCGCAACUGACGAUGAAGAUGCCGCGAUCCAAGGUAUACCGUAAGACGUCCCUCAAGAAUUCGUCUCUCAAGAUCGAGGUCGACAACGUCGGCGUCGUGCGAUACAUGAGCGCUGCCGCGGAGAAGAAGCAGAAAAGGAAGAACCUCGCGGAUAGAAACGUCGACACGGUCGCGAGAUGCGAGAACAACAAAUGGAACAACGCUCACGGGGAUGUCCACAUUACAUGCAAUCCCUUAUCCACGCCGUACCCAUACUCAACGCCGGCGGCGACGACUACUACCACCACCACGACCACUACCGUCACUAGCAAGACGACGAUAGAGAGCGACGAGGAGCCCAAAAGCCGCAGCUGCGGCAGCUUCCUACCGAUACUCGCCCUGAUCCCGCACUCGGUCAUCAGCUUCCAGUAUCUCAGCCCGAAGAUGAAGUUCUCGUGGUGGCGAAACAAGAUCUCGUGAAGACACGCUUAGACGCCCACCGUCGUCGCAGCCGACGUUGUGCGUCGCGACGCCACCCCGACCUGUUUUAUGAGGAGACACGCCUCUCUUACCUCGUAGCGAGCUCUCUUUCUCUUUGCUUAUAUACAUAUAUAUUUCUCUUUUCUCUCUCUAUUUCUAUGUAUCUUACUUCCGGCCAGUCUUCAUCAAUUAGAGGAAUCCCGAAAGCAUCGUUAGCGAAUUCACUCGUAUUGACUGCUAGCGUAAUGAAAUGCGCGAGCUGUUACUAUAGUUGUAACUUUCGCAGUUACGAAAUUCCCAUUGUCGGAAAGAUGCACAUACCUCGUUAAUGCGCAUUGGGAUGCGCGCCAUUUUCGUGAUAGUCCUCUGAUGCGUUUCCGCGCGUAGUCGCGAGGUUUGGUUCCUCAAAAAAAUGUUUUAAAACGUUUGAUCGUUUCAACUUGACGAGGAUCUUGAAGCUGCGACUGCAAAAUCCCAAGACUCAAGACUAAACGGAAUGCAAAGGCUCAAGGAACCAAACUGACCCUCUACGGGAAAACGCUGUAACUUUUGUAACGACACUCUCCUAGCUCUUUUAACUCGCCGAAAACUGUACGAUGUUUAUUACAUAUGUAUACGGCGCUUUUCACGCGUCAUCGGAUCCUCUAGUCGAUUUAAGUUCCUCCUUCGUACGACGCGCUUGAAUCGUAUUUUUUUUUUGUUUCUUAAAAUCCGGGGAGACCGUCGUCCCCGUAGUUCUUGCGACGCUCUAGGAGAUAUCUAGCAGAUAUCCGAACAUUCCGGAAUUCAAACUGCGUGCCACUUCAGACCGAGCGGUCGUGCUUGACGAUGCAAGUUUUCGUUCUUUGCUCAUCACGCUCGUUCCAUAUCUUUUCUUACUUCUCGUCGAAAGUAUAGAAGUAUUCCUAGAGUACCUAAGCGAGACGCUAAAACUUCUCUGUAACCCAAGAAUCUAAAGACCGUAGAACCUAAGAAUCCACAGUUCCUAGAAUCUUACACCUAAAUGAUCCAAAGACCCUAGAAUCUAAGUACGCAAAGAUCCUAGAACGUAAGGAGAUUUAAAGAUUCUUAAAAUUUAAGGAGACACUUCAACGUUGUUAGAGCGUAAGGAUCCAGGCUAUUUCGCGAGGAUGUGAGAGAUCCAAGAGAUAAAAAUUGCGCAUUCUCGAAGGUUCUAGAAUGUAAGGAUUCAAAAAGAGACAUUGUAAAAUCUAAGUGUCUAACAAUCGGAAAUAAUGUAUCCCCCGAUUAAUUGGAGUUUCCUCUUUCGCGGAUUUCUUUAAUCAUAAGCGAGUACCGUUGCGUGCGGUCACAUAAUUGUCGAGAUAUACAGCCGAGAAUAUAUAUAUUGAAGAAAAAAAAAGAAAAAAACGAAGAAUGUGUCGAGAAAGUUUUACGUAAGAUUAAAAUGUAACGGAGAGAAAAAGAGAUACAUAGUUGGAUCGCCUCGACGACUGAUCUCUGAAUUCCUCAUUGAGACAGGUCGCUCGAGACGCGCUGGAAGAAGAAGAAAAAAGACACGUGUCGUCUAUUUUGUUACAUUGUACGCAUCAUCAAACGUCUCGCGUGGGAGUCACGCGAGAGGAGGGCGAGGUACGAUCUCGUCGUCGAUCGUCCUCGUGGUUCGAGUGGUCAGAAACGGUUGUAUGAACCGUCGGUACGUCUGUCUACCGAGAGACAGAGAGACCCGUGCAUCGCGAUGCGAGAUCUAGUUUAAUUGUCGUGGCAACGAACGUCGCUUUGUGGAAACGACAUCCAUCAAUGUUUUACGUUUUUAAUUUUUUUUGUAACUGCUCUCUUUUCUUCAUUUCGUAUGUUAGUAACGAUUGUCCCUAUUUUAUAAAAUGAGAAGACGACGAAGAUGUACACAAGAUAUUUGUUCAUAACUUUCGACGGCUCUCGCGGCCGAGUCGUUCCGACUACCAUUACAUGCUAGAUCGGUUGGCAACCCGAUGGACCCGUUUCUCGCUGCAAUCAUUUUUAAUUUGAUGAUCUUGGUUUCUUAUCUUAUUUUUUUCUCUUUUUUUUGCGGAAUCAACAGAGUGAUACGUUACUGUUGCUGCAACGACGGGCUCAAAGUUGUCAUUCGUCGAGCAACAUUUUCGCGUCUCUCCUGUAUGUUUUCCAAUUUUAAUAAAAAUCAUUUUAUGUCAACUCGUAUCUUUCGUUGUAUUCUUUAUUUCAUUGAGUUUCCUUUUUUUCCUUUGUUUUUAUCCUUAACUUAAUAUUUAAGAAUUCGUCACGCGCUCAUUUGCAAAAUUCCUUCUCUUUUAUUUUUUUAAAUUUCUGUCUUAAUUUAAAAAUAUUAUUGGAGUAAACGAUUAUCUCUCAAUUUCACGUCGCACGUUCGCCAAUUUACAUUUUAUGAUAGAAGCGAAGAUAUUGCAAAUAUCUUCGCAAAAUCAGUGUGAUAUUUUGCUUAACUACUUUUUUAAAACGUUACACAUUGCAAUAUUUUUUUUACGAACAUCUGUGACUCCUUGUUAUUGUCUGCAAUAUAUAUUUUAUAUUAAUAACGAUUUUCGUCUCCGGUAUUGUCAUUGAUCAUUAGAUUCAGCGACUUCUAUUAAAUAGAUGAGCAAGAUCGAUCGAUGUGCGAUAAUAGGAUAAACGCGGUUAAUGAGAGAGUACAAAUAAUUAAUCGAUAUAAAGAAUUUAAUGAUUAAAUUUUAAUCGAUAGUGAUGUCGACAGGAUAGAGAGAAAAAAAAGAAUACGCUGUAACACAUCGUGGAGUGUUACACUUUCAGAAACAUUACUAUUCGUUGCUAAUAGAUCACUGUUGCAUGCUAAAAGUAAAUAAAUUUUUGUGUAAAAUAUAUCUAUGAAAUAAAGAUUAUAUUUAGUCAA